CGCCAUGCAAAUAUCGUCAUCUAGAAACGCGAGUAGAUACUUUAUGGACCAUAUUUAUUUCGUAAUAGACAACAUCAGCAGAUUUUUAAAGUUCGUUGUUGGACGAAUUUUGAUCUAGUGAAAAUAAGAAGCUAGACCUCGUGUAGGAUAGCAGGUGUUCUUUUUAGAAAAACAGAUGAAAAUGGCCUGCAGUCGAAAGCUGAAAUUCAAUCGAAAAGUGUUUCAAACUUUCUUUUUUAUGAUCCUGAGUCAGUUCACAGUUUUGAAAGCCGUUCGGUUUUCUGGGGUAACAUCAACCAUUGACAGCUUGCAAAAUUUUCAAGCAUCUGGUUGGAAUUAUGUGAAGAGCUGGAACUCCAAUGCAGAUGUUGGUAAACCUGGUAUAUUUCUGGCAGGCUUCUCAAAGAGCAGCGAUGAUAGCACGUAUGUGGUGAAUAUUCCCGGUGUCUACUACAUCAGCUAUAGCCUACACCUAAAAACAACCAGCCAAUCAAAUAUUAUCGGAGGUCUUGUAAUUGACUCAGACUUGAAGUCUGGACUUGCACUUCAAAGCUAUGGCAAUGCCAACGGAGCCUCGUCAAGCCUUGCAGCGGCUGGGUUUAUCAGACUCACGAGUUUUAAUAACAUCUCAGUUGCAUUAAAAGCGAUGGAUGGGCAAAGCAAUGCUGUCGAGCUGCUACCAGGGAGCUCCUUCUCAGUAGCAUCAAUAACUACAGCUGGAAUGGUUCCAGCGUUUUCAUUCAGUUUAACAAAAGAUUUGACUUUUGAGAACAACAAUACAAGGCUUGUUACAGGUUGGUCUGAGGACAAAAAAGGCGAGUUCCAUGUUUCAACUGGCUUCAUUAAUUCCAAGAAUUAUGUGCAAGUGAUUUGUGAUGGAAUAUAUCUCUUUUCAGCAAACAUGAUAAUAAAAGGACCGUUGAAUAGCAAGGCCGUUCUAACGUUCACCGUGAACCUAGCAACGUUGCAUGAAAUCAAGUUAAGUUUUCAAAAUCAAACAACUCUGAGUGUUAACAUUCAUCAAAUAAUGAGCUCGUAUAAAGCCGACAUUGUGAAAAUUUCCAUAACGUCAUUUAACUCUAAAGUAGAGAUCUUAAAGGAGAGCAGUUUUUCAGCUUCUUUGAUUAAUAAAAUUUCUCAACAUACGACUGGUUUCGCAUCAUUCCUGAGGUUUAAUUUUACAAUACCAGGCAACAAUGCACACUUGCCAAUCGCUGGCUGGCCCACAGACUUUAAUGGAGUGGCUGAAUUCAAAUCCCCGAAUCUCUUUGCUCAACUUGUUAAUAACAAACAGGAUUUCAAUCCACCACAACGUGGAAUUUACCUUAUAACUACAAAUUUGGUUGUGCAAUGUGAUGUUGUGACAUGUACAGAUGUUACUGUUUCUAUAUAUUCACCUGCUUCUAAAUUUGCCUUAGCAUCAAAAACAAUAACUAGAAAUUUUGGACCACAUCAGUCGGUCUAUAUUUCUGUUACAUCCGCUGCAGAUAUAACAAGCACAAGCUCAUUUGCUGUUGCUGUCAAAUCAAAAACAGGAAAAGUAUUUGUUAUGCCUGGAUCAAGUUUUGCUGUUUGCCAGUUGCCAAUAUAUUACCCAGGAAUGCUUGCAAGGUUGACCAAGCCAAUCUCAUUUUCAGUUAUCAAAAAAUGGGAAACUGUCACUGGCUGGAAAACAUCUCAAAUUAAAGGCGAUUACGACUUUUUCGGAAACAUGAAUGAAACCAGUGGCAAAUAUGAAAUUCCAUUGGAUGGAAUUUAUCUAUUAUCAGCUAACGUAAUAAUAGUAGAUAUGGAACAGGCAGAGGCAUUCAUUACAGUUGGAAAGACGUUUGAUUUGACCAAAGGUUUUUUCACUUCGACUGGAAAUCCACAAGCAGUGACAACACUCAAUUUUGGUGGACUUAUGAAUCUCAAGAGGGGAGAUCAGUUUAUCUGA